AUGGUGCGGGACUUCGAGGACAAGUCUCAAUUAGGAGAACUUGGCAGCUUCGGGAGCAGAGUCGCAAGGGAAACCGGACGGCCGCGAAAAACGAAGAGAAGAACAGGGUGGGAGUGGGAAGAGGAGCGUGGUUCACGUUCACAGGUCUGGAUGGGGCCGGGAAAGGGAGAGCCGGAGAUAAGUGGAAGUGACCAGAUUCUCAGUCAGAGCCAGUUCGCCGCCAGGGCUGAACGUCCAGAGCUUAGACUUGGAGCCGCCACGCCGCCCGAACCAUCGAGUGCUCUGAAGCAAAGGGACGAAUCAGGCUCCCCGUCGAACGGACCCGUAAUCAUGCACAAGCCUGUUUGUGCCGAUUAA